AUGGAGGCUGCUGCUAAUAAGGCUUGUGGAAAUUUUGCUAAAGAACUUGAAGAUGAGCUUUUGAAGUAUACGGUCAAUCAUGAGGAUAUCCAGAAAAUGGAUGCUCCCUUGGUCGAUCAAACCGAGGCAGUUCAUAAAAUUGCUGAUGUGGAAGUCGAUGUAACGGAGUGUACAAAAUCUGGUGGCAAUGGAAUCUCUGAGGUGGAACGCCAGGAUUCAACUGAAAACUCAAGUUCUUUUGAUGACAGUGAUUCUGGAAUCGAGAGUGGUAAUACUGAAGUCGUGUCACAUUUUCAUGAUGAAGGUACAUCAGCACUGGAUUUUGAUGGAUUUGGUGAAAUAUUUAGGAUGAGGAAGAAAAAAUUGACAACUCAUUGGAGGUCAUUUAUUCAACCUCUUGUGUGGCGUUGUAAAUGGGCUGAAUUGCAAAUCAAGAAGUUCCAGUCUCAAGCAAAAGAAUAUGACAGAAAACUUGCAGAAUAUACACAACAAAAGCAGUGUCAAUCUCAGAACUUGACAUUGGAAGAUGGUGUGAAAUCACUCCCUUUCUCCUGUAACAAUGUGAGAAGUAAGGUCCUCAAGCGGAAGAAAAGAAGAACUGAAGAAACAACGGAUGUAGCAGCGUAUAUGUCACGUCAUAACCUCUUUUCUUAUUAUGAGAAUAAGAAGUCCUUCGCUGAGGUUGCUGUCAUGGAUGAUGAGUGGAGAAAUCCAGCAAUAGCCACUGAGAAAAUCAACUUUGAUGAUGACUUUUGGGCAAACGAUGAACUGCAAUGGCUCGAGUCCGGAGACGGUGAUAAUUCCUGGGAACACGUACUUAGGAAGAUUGGAUAUUUACAGUCACAAGUCAGCAAGAUGAAGAGUAGAGUUGACAAGGUAAUGAGUGAAAAUGCAGGGAAGAAUUCUUCCACAGUUGACUUGAGCUUUCUAAUGCCAUCUAAUGCUUUGGUUGGUUCUCCUCGAAACACUGCUUCUCUUUCAAACAAUGGGGACAGAAUGCCAGUAGGAAGUUAUAUUGCACCUCAGCUUCUAUCGGAGUACAAUAUGGGCAACAUUGUUAAGCGUGAAACUUCAGGUUUAAGUCUUGGAGAUGUUCCUGAUGUAAUUGAAAGCACUGAUCAGUCCGUUCUUGGAGAUUCGUGCAAAACUGCUGAAGAUGACGUGCUUAUCAAUAAUACGAGAUUGAAGGAAGAUAUGAAUAAUUUUGAGGAAGUCAAGAUUCAGGCUAUCCAAAAGCCUUUGGUACUGAAUGAUGGGUCAGGUAGCACCAUCCCUCCACUUCCUGCAGACGCUGAUCAGGCUACCGAUGAUCAACCACCACCCAAACUGCGUUCUAUUUCAAAGAUUACUGCUCCUAAAAUUAGAAGGAAGAGGGGACGACGAAAAGGUUCUGGUCAGUGGAAACGAAGAUCCUCAGCUUAG